AUGAAUUCUACAUCUUUGGAUUUUGAUGAGACCAAUAGCAGUUAUUUACUAAGUGCUGAGUUUUUUGCCGUCCAAUACCAGCGUGACCUUAUUGGACAUUAUUUUAUGGGAAUUGCAACUCUCACAAUAUCAUGCAUUGGUCUUGUGGGGAACAUGUUAUCAAUUGGCGUUCUUACUUCAAAAUACAUGAGGGGAACAACAACGAACUUAUAUCUUAUCGCUCUUGCCGUCUCUGAUUCAUUAAUGCUCCUUUUCGCAAUAUUGGUUGCAAUUCGCGACGCCAGAAGACCUCAGUACGGUGUCACAGCAUGGGAAUUAUGGGACGAUGCAUCAUUUAUACCACGUCUAUAUCCGAACUGUCAUGCAUUCGCAUUGCUUUUUCAAGUAAGCAGUAUAUACCCUUAUUUAUUUUUAUUCGUGAUAUUUUGCUUCUCGCCAAUACACGGUUCAGCUCUUCCCUAG